UCAACAUCUACCAACAAACCGGCUGUAGCAAAGCGCAUUCCUCUGCAGCCCUGCCAUCAUUGAGCAGCAGUCUCGCCCAGUGAGGGCUCGCCAAAGAGACUGCCAGGGGUGUACUUGGUGAACCGCAGUGGCAUCGUUUGCAUAGACGCAAAAUCAAAGCGAGGCAAAUCUAAACGAAUGACCCAGCCCAACGGGUCAACCCAUGCACCUGGCACUGUCCUAGCGAAUCAUACGCAAGCAAGUCAUACAGAAAGCCUCGAAGAAUCAGACGUCACAGCUACAGCGCAUUCUGAAGACGCCUCAACAAACCAACAUCUUGCUUCCGAGGCAGUCUCCUACUUCCCAGAGGACGCUGCUCACUUCGAUAGCAAGUCGCAACCUCACUUCCAACCACUCGCAACACAAGUCGCAGGCCACGAUGGUGUUUUGUCUGAUAGAAAUGGCUAUGUCAUCAUCAAACCCUGUCAUGAUGCUGAAAUUGCCUUUUACGAACGUUGCUUGAGUGAAGCGCCUGAUAUGGCUGAUUGUAUUCCAGCAUUCAUGGGGACGCUUGAAUUAAAGACGCCAGAGACAUUGGCGAGUUUACCACCUGAAGUCUCGGCUGCUGUGAGUGCUGCUCAAGCGCAAGGUGUUUUGCCAAAGGAAUCAACAGCAGCGCCACCGCCGACGAAUCGACCUGCUGAUGCGAAAGCCUAUUCACCACCGAGUACGACCUUUGAUCGUGCUGUUGUUCUUGAGAAUCUGACGUAUGGCUAUCAACACCCUUGUGUGCUAGACCUCAAAAUCGGCAGUAUCCUCACAGCUGAUGAUGCGACACCCGAAAAACAAGCCAGACUCGCAGCGGUUUCACAACGCACAACGUCAGGAAGUGCAGGGAUUCGCGUUGCUGGGAUGAAAGUAUGGGAUGCACAAUUGAAGCGUUAUGUGACAUUCGAUCGGGAUUGGGGGAAAUCGUUGACACCGCAGACAUUGGAUCAGCAUGCUCUUGCGUGCUUCUUUUCUGCUAAAAUCCGACAGGAACAGAUUCAACUGAUUGCAACGAGGUUCUUGGAGGAUAUUGAGCGGAUCUUGUAUGUCCUUGGGGAUCUCGAGGUGCGCAUCUUCUCGGCUUCGUUACUAUUUGUAUAUGAAGGCGAUCAAACAGCGUUGGAUCUAGCCAUUGAAGAGGAAGGAAAGCAGUUGAUUGAGGAUGAGCUGGGUCAUGGCAUCACGCACACAGAUAGUCGUGGCUCGACUGGCUCAACACACUCGACAAAUUCGUCACGUAUGGCGCGGAGUCACGGAUCGCAUCCAUCACGUCGAGGUACUGCUAUACCCUCUGACAUUGACUCUGAUGAGGAAAGCGACGCAGCCAGAGAUUUCUGUAUCUGUCGGUUGAUUGAUUUUGCGCAUGCCAAAUUCACACCUGGUCAAGGAACGGAUCAGAAUCUCUUGAUGGGACUGAAAGCUGCACGGACGCUUGUUGAGGAUUUCUUGGAUCGUGAAUUUGCACCACAGCUGGAUUGACCCUGGUGCAGCACAAUAGAUACGCUUGUUUUUGUCCUGGGGGAAGUACUUUUCUUUCUUCUUAUUCUCUGUUUCCCCAGGCAGUAUUUCAUGACAUAACCAUAGCCUUAUUCUUUUUUUUCAUCUACAGAGGCCUGUCUGUCAUCUUGUAUCGCUAAUCCUCAAAGCCCUUCAACGUCUCGCGUUUCCUAUUCGGCAAUGGGUAACUGAGAGGAACGGGUUCAGCGCGCGUGAAGCCUAAUGAGCGCCGAACGGGUGGCACCACCAGUAGUGCAACGGGACCGAGACCACCGAGAAGAAGGGAGUAGAAGACAUUAGGCCGUUCGUGUGCUGCCCAGCGGAGAUAUUUGAUGGGUGAUGCCCAGAAUGCCGAUGUUGACAUGGCUGCUUCUGUUGCUGGCGUU